AAACAGGAAGAAAGGGAUGUUAUUAGUAAGCCGGCGGUGGCGAAAUAAGAAAUAGCUGCUUUUAAUACCUGGAUAAACAAGACUGCAGGUCGCCAAACAUGUCUUUCAAAAGGGAGGGUGAUGAUCAAAGUCAGCUAAAUGUACUGAAGAAGCGACGCGUUGCAGAUCUUCUGUCUAACUUCAUCCCAGAUGAUGAAGCUACUCUGAUGAAAAACGGAAGAUACAGCUGCCUUGUGUGUUCUCACCGUCCUGUGUUUGACACUGUUGAUAUGCUCGUGGUGCACAGGAAGGGAAAGCGACACCUUGAAGGAAUGAAAUGGUUCUAUGGAAAAAAGAAUCACCUGCAACGUGAAAUUGAUAAAAGAAGACAUCAAGACUAUGUUAAAGCAGAAGAUGAUCAACAGGAACCCUCCAGUUCAGCUCCUCUACUGAGCCAAACACGUAAAAUUACCCAUCAUGCCCUACUCAGAACUGCUCCAUACAGUAGCUGCCACAGAAAGGCCAGUGAACGAUUGGAAUCAUCAGGAUGUGGUCAAGAAGACAGAAAAGAUCAAAUCAACAAUAUCAACUCAUCAACUCAUUCGUCCAUUAGGACAGGAAGUAUUGACUCCAUAGCAACAACUAGUACAACAGUGCAUCAGGGACAGACUAAAGAAAAAGGAGAGACAAAGAAGAGGAAGAACGGAUCCAGCACUGUGUGUGAGCCUCUAACAGAUGAGAGACGCAAAGAACUGGAACACUACCUCAAAUUAAAAAGUUCAGGGUGGCUGCAGGACAGAAGUGGUAAAUGGGUUAAAGAUGAGAAUGCUGAGUUUGACUCAGAUGAAGAAGAACCGGCUCUGUUACCUCCUUGCAGUGAAUCUUCAUAGUAGACUCAAUGCUGUUCAGUAACUGCCAAAAAUGCUUCAGAAUACAUUUAAACUGAACUGCGUGCAAGAUAACGAUAUUGUCUCUAGUCACAGCUCUCAUAUGACAUUUCUGUGACCUACUUUAUAUACAAUAAGGACGAAAAUAUAAGACAUUCUUUCUGGAAAAGAGUUUGUGCUGUUGCAUUUUGCAAAUUGUAUUAGUACUAUGUACUUGCCAUCGUGUUUAAACAAUAUCUGAACCAACAGAGGUUGUUUUAAUAUAGAACAUGCAA